UAAUGCAUACAUGCAAGCUCAGGAAAAGUUUUAUUUUAACAAUUCAUUCUAGGCUCACAGAAGACUCAGAGGGGACUUUUAAAAUUCAUCUUGCUUUUAUCCGUCCUAUCUGGGGGAAUGAGUUUCCAGGCAUUUGUAACGGCGGAUACUUUUGUACCUUUAAAUUCAGAAUCUUCAGCUACGUUUCCCCUUAGGAUGCAUCACAGCACUGCUGAAUACCUGCCUGUCACCAAUCACACAACUAAUGUGGUCUCCACAGGGCUGCAUUAUCCAAACCCAUCAUGUCACUAUGGAAGCCAACAAUCUACUUAUGGGGUGAUGACAGGUAAGUAGAUGCUUUCUGCAAGUAUUUCUCAAACAAGAAUUUUACAAACAUGCAGCAUGCCUCUAUCCAAUGUUGUAAAUGGAGUAAGUACCUUACAAGGAGUCCAUACAGGCAGUUUACCUCCAUGUCUCAUGAGUGCCAGCUCUUGCACAUUGGGUCAUGGUUUUGCCCCAGUACAUCAGGCUCUCCUGGGAGAGGAGAUCACCGCCUCAGAUUUCAAGCAGGAGUUCAGAAGAAAGAGUAAACCCAUCGAGGAGCCUAUUGAUAUGGAUUCCCCGGAGAUCCGAGAGCUGGAAAAGUUUGCUAAUGAAUUCAAAGUGAGAAGAAUUAAGCUGGGUUAUACUCAGACAAAUGUUGGUGAAGCUCUUGCUGCUGUACAUGGUUCCGAAUUCAGCCAAACAACCAUUUGCCGCUUUGAAAACUUACAGCUGAGUUUUAAGAAUGCCUGCAAAUUAAAAUCGAUUUUAUCAAAAUGGCUGGAAGAAGCAGAGCAAGUUGGAGCAUUGUACAAUGAAAAAAUUGGAGGAAAUGAGCGUAAAAGAAAACGCAGAACAACUAUAAGCAUAGCUGCGAAAGAGGCCCUGGAAUCACAUUUUGGUGAACAAAGCAAACCUUCAUCCCAAGAGAUCAUGAGGAUGGCUGAAAGUCUCAAUCUUGAGAAGGAAGUUGUCCGGGUCUGGUUCUGCAAUAGAAGACAGAGAGAAAAGAGAGUGAAAACCAGCCUACACCAGAAUAGCUACAGCUCUUUCACAAAAGAUCAUCAUGAAUGCAGAUGAAGAGGACACCUGUAAAGAAAUGCACCUUAUAAUUAUUUCAUGUCUACAACUGUGCCACUUUUAAGCUAUGAUGACUCGAUUCGAGAAUGGAGAUCUCUAUUUUAGUGCAUUUACUAUUCAGUGACUAGCUGAAUUGACAGGGUCGAUUCACUACACUUUACCGCAUGUGAUAAGGGUAUCAUAUUACUAAUUUGCAUAAAUGAUUGCAUGUGGUAAAUAAGGUCCAAUUCAUAAAAAUUAAAAAUAAAUGAUUAUGCGGUAUUUACAGCAAAAAA